AUGCUGCAGGCCUGCCAGGAGGCGGCGGAGCUGGGCCGCGCCGAGGCUGCUCUCUUGCAACUGGCGUCGCUGCAGACCAAGUGCCUGGAGGUCAAUAUCUUUCAGUACAAUGCCUUCAUCUCCGCACUCCGCGGCAAACAUUGGAAGCAGGGCUUGGACUUCUGGGCUUCCCUGCGGCAGUGGCAGCUGCAACCAGACACCUGGAGCCUCAAUGCCGCCCUUGGCACCCUGGGCCCCAAUGGCGGCAACUGCGGCUGGGCAGCGGUGCUGGCACUGCUUGCGCAGGCCCAGAAGGCCCAGAAGGCCCAGCUGGCGGACGUUGUCAGCUUCAACAUCCUCAUUUCCAGCGCAAGCACCAGCAGCGGCGGCACGGCCGGCAAAGGCAUCUUCUCGGCGCACAACAAGGCGGCCUGGAAGGUUGCGCUGGCACACCUGCAGCUUCUGCCGCUCGUGUCUCUGCAAGCAGAUGCCGCCAGUUUGGGGCCCUGCAUCAGUGCCAGCUCCCGUGCAGGCCGCUGGUUGCAGGGACUUCAAGCACUUGGGACCUGUGGGAGAAUUGGGAGGUUUGGGCUUUUGGCGGACUUGGGCUCGCACAAUGCGGCUUUGGCCGGUGGUGCCUUGGCAGGCCGCUGGCAGCAGGUCUUCGGUCAUCUGGAAGCUCUCUUGUGUGCCUUCCUCCGGCCGGAUGUUGUGACCUUCAACUCCUGCCUCCGUGCCUGCGAGACCGCCCGGCAAGCGCAGCAAGCUCUGAAAACGCUGAAGCGCAUGCAAAUUCUGCAGAUUCGCCCCACGCAAAUCAGUGUCAACACGGUCAUCAGCGCUUGCGAGAAGGCCAGCCAGUGGCAGGCUGCACUCGGAUUGCUGGCCGAGCUUCCGCGCAUGAAUCUCCUGCCUGACAUCAUUUCGCAUAACGCCGCAGUCGGUGCCUGUUCCGAGAAUUGGCAGCAGGCAUGCAAUCUUUUUGAGGCCCUGCUGGCAGCCGAGCUAUGUCCCGACCAGGUGACCUUUGGUUCCCUUAUCACUGCAUGUGCAAAUGCAGCGCAGCUUGACAGAGUCGAUGCUCUCUUGGAGGACAUGUGCGAAAGAAGUUUGCAACCAAACCUGGUGAUCUACAACAGCUGCCUCAACGCUUGCGACAAGGUGGGGUCGUGGCAAUCUGCGCUGAACUUACUCGACCAGAUGACAAUUGCUGCGAUUCAGCUGGACCUGCUCAGCAACAGCUCCGCGAUGCGAGCAUGCCAGAAGGCUUUGCACUGGCGCGUGGCAUGCCAGCUAUUUUCUCAGAUGCACGGAAAGCGAAUCGUGGAUGUCUUUAGCUACGAGGCAGCGAUUGCCGCCUACUCCCAAGCAGGCAAAGUCCCGGAGACCUUGGCCUUGCUCCAGAGCCUCCCGUGGCCGCAAUGGGUCCGUGAGACUCCCCCGUGA